AUGCUCCAAUCAGUGAGUCCCAAUCGAAAUGAACAUCAGAAUGCUGAUGAUCAACAACUUGAUGAACGUCUUGAUAAUCUCGAAAAAUCCAUUCAUGAUCUCGAUAAAUCCGUCAAAGAAGUACAUAAAAAACAAAAAGAUCAACCUAUUCCAGCACCUCCACCACCAACCCAGCCUGUCCGACCAGUGGAACCACAGCAAGAGGUUCUCAAAGAAAAACCAGUGAUAAAAUCAACUGAGAAGAAACCAAUACCAAGUUCAAAAGAAAGAUGUGCUUGGCGAGAGUCUUCUCCAACUAAAACCACAUUCGAAAUUCGCCAAUUGUAUGAUAAACUUCCAUUUGAUGAUAUUGAUGGAGGAGUAUGGAAACAAGGUUUUGAUAUUCGAUAUUCGCCUUCUCAAUGGGCAUCUGAUAAGAAAUUGAAAGUGAUCCUCAUGCCUCAUUCUCAUUGCGAUCCAGGUUGGAUUCACACAUUUGAACAAUACUUUUCACAAGCUACAAAGUAUAUUAUUGAUACCGUGAUUGACAUCCUGGAUAAGAAUGAGAAGUAUAAAUUCGUAUGGGCUGAAAUGUCGUUUUUGAGUUUAUGGUGGGACCAAGCAUCGUCAAGUCAAAAGCAAACACUGAGAAAAAUUGUUCAAAACAAACAAUUAGAAAUUGUUACUGGUGGUUGGGUAAUGAAUGACGAAGCAAAUACCCAUUAUUUCGCAAUGCUCGAUCAGCUCAUCGAAGGACAUCAGUUUCUUGAAAAUAUUUUAGGAAAUGUAUCGUUACAAAGUGGUUGGGCUAACGAUCCUUUUGGUUAUUCACCCACGAUGGCAUAUUUAUUACGUAGUACUGGCAUGAAAUACAUGGCUAUUCAGCGUGUUCAUUAUCAUAUAAAAAAAGAAUUAGCGAAACAAAAACAAUUAGAAUUCGUUUGGCAACAAACCUGGGAUCGAACCACGUCUACAAGGAUUAUGACACAUGUGCUUCCAUUUUAUUCCUAUGAUGUUCCACAUACAUGCGGUCCUGAUCCCAAAGUGUGCUGUCAAUUUGACUUCAAACGUGCGCGUGGUUCAAGCGUUAGUUGUCCUUGGGGAAAAGAUCCUGUGAUAAUUACAGAUGACAAUGUUCAAGAAAGAGCAGAGACACUACUCGAUCAAUAUCGAAAAAAAUCGCAAUUGUACCAAACAAACGUAGUAUUUAUUCAAUUAGGCGAUGAUUUUCGUUAUACAUCAAUGGAAGAAGCUAAGAAACAGUUUGAAAACUAUGAUAAACUGUUUACAUACAUGAAUCAACGGGCGGAUUGGCAUGUUGAAGCUCGAUUUGGUACACUAAGUGAUUACUUUGAAGAGCUUCUUCGAAAUACUCCUCAAUCACAAUUUCCAACUUAUAUGGGCGACUUCUUUACAUAUGCCGACCGAGCAGAUCAUUAUUGGAGUGGUUAUUUCACAUCACGAGUAUUCUUCAAAAGAAUGGACCGAAUUGUCGAAUCGUAUUUGAGAGCAAGUGAAAUAAUCUACUCUUUAGCACAUGUUAAAACACUUGAACAAAAAAGUAACAAUCAAUUUCCAAACAAUGAUUUGUUCAAUCUGUUGGUCAAAGCUCGACGCAAUCUAGGCGUAUUUCAACAUCAUGAUGGUGUUACUGGUACAGCCAAAGAUCAAGUUGUUAAUGAUUAUGGAUCAAAGCUAGAAACAGCAAUCAAAUCUGCACAAACAGUUAUAGAACAAGCAGCGGCCUAUCUUCUUUUUCCCAAUGAAUUCUCUCCGAAAACGGAUUUGUUACUAUCAAAUACAGAAUUCAAAACAUAUGAAUCUUUGCCAAAUCAACGAAUGAUUUCGUUUAAUGGUCAAGAGCAAAAAUUGAAAGUUCUUUAUGUUUACAACCCAACUGAUCAACGACGUGUCCAACUCGUUAAACUUCUAAUUGAUACGCACCAGGUGUACGUCACAAGUAAUCAACAAGUAGUCAAUGCUUGUCAAAUCGAUCCAAAAUGGACAGGAAGAAAAUCGAAUGUGAUCGAUAAUAAAUAUUUCGAACUUCUUAUUCUGGUCGAUAUAGAAUCGUAUGUGCUGAAAGAAUAUACAAUUCAUGCGAGCACAACGCAUCAAUCAUGUCCUUUGAGUACUAUUGAAUACAUCAAAGAAAAAGAGAAAGCUAUGGGUUCAUCAUCUGGGCCAUUUAAAUUGGAUUUAGUCAACGAGAAUGAGAUUAAAUUGAACAACCGAUUUCUCUCGCUUAGUUUUUCCAAAGAUGGUGUCUUACAGACGGUGAAAAACCUCAAAUCGAACGAGGAAAUCUCUUUUGUUACCGGUGUCAUCCGUUAUGGUUCAUCAAGUCAGUCUGAUCAUAACAGUGGAGCAUAUUUAUUCAUACCGGACGGUGAAGCCAAGGAAGUAGCCAUGGGUUCUCACGACCUCGUUCGUAUUCAGCGAGGUCCGCUAGUCAGCCGAAUCGAAAUCUUACAUGAACUAUACGGUCUACAAUAUAAAUUGACAAAUAUUAAUAGCACUGAUGAUAAUGUCGUGGAACUUGGCACACUCACUCAUUUAAAUAUGAAUCAAGAUAUCGAGUUAGCAUUGAGAUUCACAACUGGAAUAAAAAAUGGCGAUGAAUUUUUCACGGAUCUCAACGGAUUUCAAACUAUUCGACGAAAAACGUACAGUAAAUUACCUUUACAAGGCAAUGUUUAUCCAAUGCCAGCGAUGGCUUAUAUUGAAGACGAUCACAUGAGAUUUAGUGUUCUCGCUGGACAACCAUCAGGCGUGGCAAGUUUGAAAUCCGGCGUUGUCGAUGUUUUCCUUGAUCGACGUUUGACUCGAGACGAUAACCGUGGUGUUGGACAAGGUGUAACAGAUAAUCGAGAAGUUAUCAGUACUUUCAAGCUUCUUUUUGAAUCACGUCAAACGGCUGCCGACCAUACCUCAUUAACAGGCUACCCAACACUUCUAGCUCAUCAUCAAUCCAUUGAACUUCUCUAUCCUAUGCAUGUACUUCAAACGACAUCGAAUUUAAAAGUCACGCCGAAUGAAUUGACUCUGUUUGUUAAGCCAAAUCUUUUCCCAAGCGAUUAUCAUCUGGUUAAUCUACGUACAUUGAACGAAAACCGAGAUGAUUCUAAAUAUAGUCCAUCGACAAACAUGGCAUUGAUCAUCCGAAGAUUUGCUUAUGAUUGUGAUGAUAACUACGACAAUUUCUUUCAUUUCGAACAACCGACAUUCGAACACUUUCUUCUGGCAAAUCAAAUUCAAUCUGUUGAACAGACCACAUUAUCGUUGCGCGCUGUAAGAACUCAAUUAACUGUCACAUCGAAAAUCGAUGUUCCAUUCGCUGAAAUGUCAACUUAUAAAUUGCAAAUCAAAUGA